CUCAAAUACGGUAAGUUGAUCCAUUUUUGGAACAUGAAAAUCAAACCCGUCUUACGGUUCCACUUAUUCUAUGAAGUCAAUUGAACCAUGGCCUCCGUGCCCAAAGUGAACGGAGAACCCCUGAUGAUUCCACCCAACACGUGUUACGCUCAAUUUUUGAACCGGACCCGCGUUGCACCUAUUGUCAAAUACUGCACUCUUGGAACGGAUGCUUCGGAUGAAGCAUUGGACAUCAUUUUGGCAGCUUGUGAGUUGCUUCCAUGGGACAACUUAGGUAUUUCAAAUCAUAUCAAAAAUCACUUGGACGAUCGUCUUGGAACCCCAUGGCAUGUUGUGGUGGGCGAAAGCUUUGCUUUUGAAAUCACCAGUGAGGGAGGGGACCUCAUGUUCGUCUAUUACGGAAGUCUAGCCAUAAUGGCUUGGAAAUGCGGACAUGUAUUAACCCGUGAAAUCAAAACCAAGCUACAAGUGUCUUGAAGAUCGUUUGCUUAACGAUACUAAAUGUGAUGUACAACGAUGAAAUAGUGUUGGUUAUUGCUUAUAAGACGGUCGUCCUGCUCCACUUGGUGAGAUUGAAUUUUGCAACUAAUUGAGGAUAAGAAUAUGCAUGUCACUCUAUUUGAAGAGAGAUAUUCCAAGGAGGAGACCCAUGUAUCUGCCGAUUUCAACCAACAUGGACAACUUAGAGUACAACAGAUACUCUCGAGUCGUCUUGAUUUCACGUUUAAAGUAAAUAAUCAUGUUCAUUUUACCUACAUGUUCUACAACAUUGUUCAGUCCAGUGACAGGGGCUCCAUAAUACAUGUUUGUAAAUAAACAGAUCUUUGGACAAA